UAUUUGACUUAUUAUUUUGUUAUUACCAUCAUCAUAUCAUUCACUAAUAAUCUCAGCCAUGCCCAUGCUUUCUUCACGACACUUCAUUCAUACUACCCUUACGUCGUCGUUUCACUCUCCUCUUUCCCUAAAACGCUGCUUUCUCCUCCGUUUCUCUUCCAACAACAUUUCACCACCCAUGGCUGAAACAAAAACCGACAGUGCAAAGUCAUCGCCACCUGAAUCACAGCCACGAGGUGGAGACAUUGAUGCAAGUGUUUUCGACAUUGAUGCAAGAUGUUGCAAUGGGUGGGAGGAACACAGUGAAAAGCUACGGUUAUACCUGAUAAUCCAUUAUCAGAUUUUAUGGCGGACACUAAUCCUGUACCGUGGCAUAAAAAGAAAAAGAAGAAUGCACUCCUUGAGUUUAUAUCUAGUUGUGAUCAGCCGAAAGAACAAAGUAAAUUCAAGAGGAGAAUUUGCAUCGAUUUAGAAAUGAGACAGUACAAUAAGAAUAACUUUAGUGAAUCUAGUUUUUGUUCCAGUUUUGAUGAUAAUAAUGGUAGUAAUAUAUCACCAACAAAGACAUUGUCAGCUGAUAGACGAUAUAAUAAAAGGCAAAGAAAAUUUAACUGUGACAUCUGUUUUUGUGGUAAGAGAAAUUCUACUUCGACAGGAGCUACACCGCUAGAAAAGAACGAGGAAAACAGCAUUGGAUUUGAGAUGCAGGAGGAAGGAACAGAUGAAGGGAUACUGAGGCCAGGGAUGGUUCUCCUAAAACAUCACUUAACACAUCAUGAACAGGUAGAAAUAGUGAAAAAAUGUCGCGAUCUCGGUCUCGGUCCUGGAGGAUUCUAUCAACCAGGCUAUGCAGAUGGAGCCAAACUUAGAUUGAUGAUGAUGUGUCUUGGUAUGGACUGGGAUCCUCAAACAAGAAAAUAUGGAUAUAAAAGGGCAAUUGAUGGUAGCAAGCCACCAAGUAUUCCUCAUUACUUUAGUAAGUUGGUUACAAGAGCUAUACAAGAAGCACAUCAGCUAUAUAAUCGGGAAUGGCGAAAAAACUAUGUAGAGGAUAUACUACCUUCAAUGACUCCUGAUAUAUGCAUUGUCAAUUUUUAUUCAACUAGUGGAAGGCUUGGUCUUCAUCAGGAUCGCGAUGAAAGGGAAGAAAGUCUUCAAAAAGGGUUGCCAGUUGUAUCCUUCUCUAUUGGUGAUUCAGCAGAAUUUCUUUAUGGAGAUCUAAGGGAUGUUGAGAAGGCAGAGAAUGUACUUCUAGAAUCAGGAGAUGUUCUUAUAUUUGGUGGUGAUUCUCGACAUGUCUACCAUGGCGUCUCGUCUAUAAUAUCAAAUUCAGCACCAGAAGAAUUGGUUCAAGAUACCGGCCUUUGUCCCGGUCGCCUCAAUCUUACAUUUAGACAGUAUUGACAUCUCCUCUUAUGCAGGUUCGAAUCCAAUACCUCCUACUCAAAACUUUUUCUAACAGUAGAGAUUCAAAGAGUGAGUUGUAAAACUUACGCAUUACAGUUGGUAGAGGGGCUAAUCGCGAAAGGAAGUCUAACACCACAUUUGCCCGGGAGAGCAGCAACAUUGCCGGACUUCAAACCAGGAACGGAACCAGCACCACUUUUCAAGCAGUUGCAAACAGCCUUACGGUCGGCGAUAGUUUGGGCCGACCCAUUAAGUCUCCUCACUCCAGCACAGCAUUGCAGUGAAGGAGCAGGAGCACCCUUAAGAUAAGCAAAGCAUGGAGCAAUGGCACCAGUUACUGCUCCGCACGAGAUUGCAGCCUCUGCCAUGGGUGCACUAACAACCACCAUGCAGAUCAAAGCAACUACACAAGAAACUCUCAAGCUUGCCAUUGCUUCUCUAGGGAAUGGAUUGAAAUUUGCUUUUGCUUUUGCUUGGUGAGUGAGUAUAAGUGAUUCAAGGUGUGGGUUUAUAUAGAACAUAAGAGUGGUGGUCUUUGGUACUGUGUUUGGUUUCAAAUCAAAUCUUAAAUAUUAAAUCCAAAUAUAUUUUAGUAGUUAGUUA